AUGGCGGCAGAAUCAAAUAUGGGUUUUCAGCAAAGGACGUUGCCAUCAUUUUUUCACAAUCGUCACAUGGUUUCCUUCCAGUCAGGAGCAGUAAACAGCUCGAAUAGGAUUGUGCCCACAGUUACAGAUAGCUUCGGUGCAGUAGACAGCACCUCAGGGAUGACCUUCAGUGGGAAUCCUGGUGGCGGGAAUACUUCUUUGUUGAUUCCACCUGAGAGAACUUCUGGGGUUCUCCAUCUUGAUCCAUUUCCAGAGCUUAAGCAUGAUACAGGAUUAGCUGUGUUUUGGUCUUUUGAAGAGCAGCUAUUGUUGGAGGAUGGCCUCGCCAAGUGGGUACUCUGCUGUUGCUCCAUCCAUUUCUCCAUUGACAUCUCGGUUAUUUCUCUUUUUUAAUGUUUUGAUCGUGUUUUCCUUAAUCAAGUUCAUUUUCUCAAUAUUCUAUUGCGUUUGUCAUGAUUUCUCAAUGAAAUAAGAUCUUCUUCCUAACAUAUAUAGAAAGAUCGUCAAGAUCAUACCCACCAUCUAUUCGAAUAAAGAGGUCUAUGUUCUCAUCGGUGAUCUGAUUUGUAAAAUUGCACUGCUGCCUCAUGGAACCAUGUCUUGGGAACAUUUAAAUGUAAACCUGAUAAGCUAAUUGACUGACACAUGCGUCAUAUUAUAAGGAUUCGUGUUCUUCUAUUAGUGUUUUGUAUGCUAAUUUAUUCUUGUUGAAUCGGAUUUACCCUACAAUAUGUUCUUAUUUCUUUAAUUAACAUGGCUUUAACAUACAAAACCGCAUAUUUAUUGCUUCCCUAAUUGCUUUAGUUUAUUGGCAUAAUAAUUCUACUUUCUACCAUUUUCUUUCUUUUUUGCACAAAAAUGAUCUAAUUACGUCGGAUUCUGCAGGUACUCGAAUGAACCUAAUAUCAGGAGGUAUAUCAAGAUAGCAGCUACAUUGCAUAAUAAAACUGUACGGGAUGUUGCUUUAAGGUGCAGAUGGAUGACCGUAAGUUCCUCACUUUCUGUAUGGAUCUUCAGAUAGAUAAGGCAAACAUUUGUCUAUUAUUUCGCCUUUCUGUGUAUUAAUCUCUUUUUAUGGCUAUAUCUCUCAAUUAGUCUCUCUUUAUAAAAACUCUCACACGCUGUCACACAUCUGAUGGAGUUUCUCAGUAACUUAUAUUUUCCUUGAGGAUCCACUUAUCUUGACUUGGACAAUUCCGGUUAUUGAUUGUCAAUUUAUCCUAGAUUCUCUUAGAACGGAUGGAAAAUCCGAGAAAUAUUAAGCUAGUCCCUUCAUUUUUAAGUUUUUAUACUUUUAAAUUAUUUCGUUCGAAGAAAACAUAAAAAAAAAUCUUAAAUUGAAGGGAAAUGAGAAAGAAAAAAGGUAUAACUAAAUCACAUAAAUCAUUGUUGUCAGCAUUCAAUGGAGGAUGUAUGGCAUUCUUCAUGUUUACAUGAAGAAAACUGUUGUUGGAAUUUGCUUCAGUAAUGUGGAAAAGAUUAUUGCAAACAAUGGACUGAAACGUCACUAAGGAUAAACUCUUCCUCCCUUUUCUUGUGCCCUUAAUCAUUUCCUGUACCUGAUGUAUAUGUUUUUAUGUACUUAAAACCCUCCUAUUAAAUAUUUCUUGCACUUUAUUAUACUCUUUUUAGGAGAAAAAAAUACGUUAUUGUAGCCCCCCCCCAAUCCCCUCCCUUUAAUUUCUAAUUAUUUCAUUUAUUAAGAGGAAAUAGCGUCAAUAAUCAGCACGAACCUGGUUUUUUAACAUACAUAUACGCUUUUGUCAUUUUUCCUUCCACAAAACUCAAAUAAUAGUCCCUCUGAAUUUAUUAUUUGUAAAUGGUAUUUACAUUCAGUUUCACAUUUUGCAUCCCAAAAAACAAUAUAUUUUUCAUGAUUCUCCAUUAUUUCACUAUAUAACUUAAUUGCCCUUUUUCGUAAGUUCGCUCACAUGGUUUUAAAACUGCUAAAACCCAGUCCACAUCGUCCAAGUUUUCUCUUAGAAAUCCUGAAAAUGGUGGGAAUCGUCAUGUAUAAUCAGAUAUACUGUCAGGGACCGGUGGAUGUAGAUCCUUUUUUUUCUUCCAUAAGGUUUUUAAUUUAUUUUUUUUAUAGCAAAAUGCAUUGAUUUUUGAUGCGCCAGGAACCUUGGUGGGUACUCCUGCUCUUUGUAUCCUGUUAGGAAAUGGUUUUGAAGGUGCAUUCCAUUUUUCUUUAUCUUUUUAAUAAUCACUAACGAUAACGAUUGACUGCAUCGUAUUAUUUAGUAGAAGGUUUCGAUGAAUGCCAAGGGCUGUUGUUGACGUACAAUCACGGAAGUCAAAAUUAGCGCUUUGGGGUUGGCUUGGGAAUCACCAAUUUGGUACGGAGGGGGAAAAUUGACCCCCCCCCCACCCAGAUUAAUUAAUAGGCAUAAAUCGGAUCGACUCACUUCCGGUCAAUCUCACUUGAUCUCACUCAGAGCAGCAGGCUCCAUUCACUCACGUGUAGAGUGUGGAGGAAUGGGAGGAAGAGCAUCAGGGGUGGUUGACUGCACCACAGAUGAUAAAAUUUAUUUACAUUUCCAUUGUGUUACAUAAGCAUAUCCAUCUUACUUUCAUGGUGGUAAAUGUAAGUUUCUUAGUAUAUCAUUUCUGAUCAUACGAGCAUGCUUUAUAAGCUUGUGAGUAACCAUUUUCUUAUUAUGUCAUGUCCCCCCCCCCCAGAUCUGGCCGAUGAUUUGGCCAAUUCUGGGAUCCAACCUGACUUAAACGUCCCAAGGGUGAAGAUGCAUGGAAGAAGAAGAAGAGUGAUCGGUAGAUGAUCUCCACUCUCUUCUUCAUCAUGUUAAUUCCCCAUGGUGAAAAGUUAAACCAAUAUCUUCAUGCCUUCUACCUGAGAGUCCUUCUUUAGCCAUCUCCCAUGCAACCUGUCGUGUAUUACACACAUUUUUUAUUUGCCCUUUAUGAGCAUAUAUAUUUCAUGGAGAUUUAUAUUUGGUGUUCAUACAUUUGUUAUUUGCCCACCACAGAACGAUAAUCGAAGGAGACGAAACCAAGAAUACAGCAGUGGGAAGAUGAUGAAAGACAAUAAGGUAGCAUCUCCCACCUCCUCUUGUGCCUGCUGCGUUCAUCUCCUUGGCCCCACCCAGGAACCUAAGGCAAGGCUGCAUCACCAAAUAGUGGCUUCAGAACAUGUCCUCUGAGUUUCUCUGUUCUUUCCAAUGGCUUACAGCUCUCAUAAUUAAGUUCAUGUACAUUGGUUGGUUGACAACAAAGUGAAUGAACCACCUAGCGGUAAGCUUCACAUUUUCUGUGACCAUUUCAUCGGAUGAUCCUUAAAAGGUGCUUUGAUUGCCGAUUCCAUCCUUGCUUGCAUCCUCUGCAACAUACAAACUCUGCCCACCGCCACCCCCAUGCCACUGGGAUUCUCAAGUUCUUCACAUGGCAGACAUUCUCAUGAAUGACCAUCUGCUCUAAAGAUCAUGUUUUUUUUCUUCUUUUUUUUUCUUCAGGUGAAGCAGAUGGACUAUGCCUUAGGAGGGAAUGCUGCUCCAAAUCGGCUAUUGAAUGUGCCUUCUCGUUCUGUUGCUGCACACCAUCCGGAAUGCAGCAGUGGAGUUCCAUACGAAGGUCAACCUUCUCCCAUGAAAUCUUCGAUUUUAGCAGGGAGGAUUUCGCACCCUCUAAUCCACUCUGAUCUCUUGCCCUUUAGUGAACCCAUCCGUGUGUUCCGAUCUCUAUGCUUGUAUAGAUGGCUCUUGAUGCUGACUAGAAUCGGUGAUGUUCUGCUCUGUGUGCUUACAUGGCUCUUCCUUCAUGCAGCCUCUUGUAUUUCUUGUCCCAUGCGGCAGCUCCUGGACGAUAAUGACCAAGUUUUGUGGCAGAUUAAAGACAACCUUGACACGUUGAAGGUGGCUUAAGCUUCUCUCUCUUUUGUUGAUACUUAGCCUUUUGGUAGAUCGACCAAGACAUCUAUCUGUGCAUCAUCAUCAUUUUUUAGAUUCUCUUAAACCCCUUCUUGGUUUCAGCUGCAGGAUAAUCUCAGCCUCCUCUUUCACGCCAAGAACAACCUGACUGCCAUUCUGGAUAGGUUAUCUUCUUCUCUUGAUUUGAUGAUGGACCGUGUGCAGUAAUUGCCUGCCCAAUGACGACAUUAACACGCUAGGGUGUGAUCUGUUUUUCUCUCCCAGGAUGAGUAAGGCUGCAGGGUUGAACCAGAUGACACCCUUACCUAUAGCGGUAGAUGAGAGUCUUUUCAGCAAGUUUCUCCACGGUUCAUCUCAGGUAAUCAGUCGGGGUUCGACAUCUCCAUGGCGAUGGAGCUCUUAAAAAAGUUCUGCCAAUUGGGAGAACCAUUACGCCAACCUGUAGGCUGUCUCCAUGCCGUCUGGCAACUGCUGUGAUCACAUUGAAAAUCAAAAACCCUCUAUGUUAGAAGAACUGGUUACUGAAUAUGGUGUCUCUCGAAACCCCAAGUACUGAGUCAGUAGACCAUGUCCGGUGUGCUCCUUGGCUUCUUCCAUAAGCAUGAACCCCAAUCUAUGGAUCACCGAAGAGAAGAACCUUGAGCAGUUUCCACGCGUCCUCCUCCUGACCUCCAAUAUGUCAAUACAGUCCUUGGGACUAGGGUUUGACCGGAGGAUCUUAGAAAUGCGAGCUUUUCUUCAUUCAGAAUCUUCUAAAUCUGCUCCCCCCCUCCCCCCCCCUUUGAAAUAGUUGCUCCUGUGA